AUGGCGCCGGAACCCGCCAUUACGCCGAAGAAGUUCUCGAAUCAGAGGAAGCCGCCGGCGGACGAACGCACGUGGAACUGGCGCGACGUGGCGGAAGGCGACGAGCUGCUCGUGACGCUCCACGGCGUCGUAAAAGAAUGCCGCGUGACCUCUGUCACCGCUAAUGAGCAUGGUUGGGCGAUUUACGUCACGUGGCACAAAAGGACCAGAGGCGGGCUUGACCCGGACAAGCUGACAAUGUUGGACAGCUGGCACGUGGCGAACAGUUUCAAAGAAGAAUGGUUCGAGAAAGGAGCUAAGCAAACUAAAGAAUCCAUCGAAUGGGGGCUGACGAUCUCGGAAAAAUUGAACAGAGAAGCGGCCAAGUUAGACGCGGAGCGAGCGAAAUUACAGCACCUCCAUUACAUGGAAUAUACUCAGAGGUCUCCAGCUCAAUCGCAAGGCCAGAAACAACCGCAAGGCCAGAAUCCGACCCUGUUUCCACCUCCACAAACACCUCCGGCUCUUUUUGCACCGGCAGCACCAGCACCAGCUCCAGCUGCACUGAUGCUAGCAGCUGCAGCACAUGCACCCGCAGCACAUGCACCCGCAGCACCUGCAACCGCAGCACCUGCAACCGCAGCACCUGCAGCCGCGGCACCUGCAGCAGGCAACGCCACAGAAGAGAUGGCAACCCUAGCAGCUUUCUUGCGCGCAGGCGCCAUUACUUUUGGUGAAUUCAUGGAACACGCGAAGCGUCUAACGCAGCCGUGA